GAAACAAGCCAUCUAGAGAUCUUUAGAACAAAGUUUAAGAGAAGUUAAACGUUGUUCACGUCAGUGCAUGAUGCGACUGCUCUAGGAUCAGUGUUGGGCUCACAAAUGUUUACUCGUGUUUCCGAUUUCACAUAUUUACCUAGCGUAACUUAAAGUUUAAUUCUCUUUCCAUCGUAUUUUAUGUGAACUAACGCAUUGUUUUCUUCAGCUUCAAAAUUCAAUAGGUUAUUAAGAGGAGUUUGGAGUAAAUAUGAUGCAUCACUGAGCUGUUAUUUCAUCAAAAUGUUAAUAUUAGACUCUGCAGUCUCUGAUCACUGUCAUCGUUCAUUAAGACAUAACGGUCACGUUCCAACUACUGCGAAGAAAGUACAAAUAUUAUGAUUGUUGUUGAAACCAGUUCUGUGAGGUGUAUGACAGUGAAGCCGAAUUAACUCUAAAGUGAUUUGGUUUCUUUUAACACCUGCAGUGGCGUGAUAGGAAGGAUGUUAUUUUUAAACUGGGGCGGUUUUCCUGAUUUUAAUGUAUUUUACACGAGCUUUGGUCAGACGCUCAAACACGAGAGAAGUUAGUUUUAAGUUGGAUGUUCAGGGUUUCACUUUUAGGGACCAGCGUUAAAUUAUUGUUUCAGCAGAAAAUGGCUUUCAUGUCAUGUGACUCCAAAUAGCAACAAAGUUUCUUGAAGUUAAAAAAUGACUAAUCUUCUGAGACUUUUAUGAUCAAGAUUAAUAUUUUAGUUCGAGAUAGUUUUACUAAACAAUACGAGAUUGUCAAACAAUUUCAUGUGCUCCUAUGUAAGCCACAGGUCGCUUUGCUAUCGACUGCUUUUUUAGAAAUACCUGUUUAUUUAGAAUGUUAAGGAUAAGUGCUUCACAACCCACAAUCCGAGUCACUCAUUGAUUUCUCUCUCUAACAUGCCACAUUUUUCAGAGAUUAGGAAAAAAGAGUUCAAAGGUGAAUUUUACAGCAACAAGGUUAAAGGUCCAGUAUGUAAGAUUUAGGUGAAAGGGAUCUAUUGGCAGAAAUGAAUAUAAAAUAAUCUGUGUGUUUCAUCUUAAUUGUAGUAAUGAUCUUUACUCAAGAAUCCUCCCUUCACAUUUUAAAUGUAAAUCAGGAGCGGGUCAUUCCGAUGGAGGCCGCCAUGUUUUUUUACAGUAGCCCAAACUGGACAUACUAAACCGCUUUUGAGUUUUUAUGACGACUGAAGCAACAACAGGUUCUCUUUUUUAUGUUUGGAAGAGGAGGGUGAGGUGAAGGGUAUUCAGCUGCAGCAUGAGCCUUUCACCACUAGAUGUCGCUAAAUUCUACACACUAAACUAAACUACACACCGCAAGGAGUGCGUUUGAAGUUGUUGAAAAAGGAUCCGCUCUUUUAACCUCCCCCAAGACAAACCGGACAUUUGAUUUGUGGAUAUUAGUCCAUCCCCUAUUUAUAUGAAUAUUUAUCAAAUUGUAUUUUUAAUACCUUCCAUGUCAUGUGACCAACUGACUCCAAACAAAUGCUGAACUGUAUUGUAAAUACGGUCCCUAGUAAAUACUCCAUGAACUGGAGGGAACAAAUACAUCCAACCUUAAACUAGCUUCACCAAGGUGUCAAAUCUCAAUCUCAAAUCCCAAUUACCAGUGACAGUGAGGAGCAUGAUUACCCCUAAUCCUGGAUUACCAGCAAAUAAAUCUCACUACAGUCGCAGACCAGGCAUCAUACGGAGUAAAAAAAACGCUGCUUACAACGUAGUAUUCAUUAUACCAGAACUAUGGACAUGAGUAUUUUCAGACCAGUAGUUAUCCUCCAGUUAGAUAUUAUUUCAAUGGUAGUUAUUAGUCUUCAGCUCGUCUCUUCUUUUGAAAUCUCUUCACUCAUACGAAUGGGGAAUUUUACAUCGUCCACGACUGGGAGUCUGUCGAGCACAUCCUGCGUACAGUAUGUUCAGGAAGUGGUGUCACAGAACUGUGUCGUGAUAUUCUCCAAGACCACCUGUCCUUAUUGCAAAAUGGCCAAGAACGUGUUCAAUGAAAUCGGUGCCAACUACAAAGUGGUCGAACUGGAUGAACACAAUGACGGGAGGAGACUGCAAGAGGCCUUAGCUCAGGUGACCGGUGCCAGAACGGUGCCGAGAGUCUUCAUCAACGGAAACUGCAUCGGCGGGUGCUCCGACACCAAACAGCUCCACCAGCAGGGGAGGCUGGUGCCCCUGAUCGAACAGUGUGCUCCCUGCUGCUCCAGCUCCGAGGGCUCCGCCAGCGGACAGUUCGCUAAAUGACUAACCGUUCUUAUCAUAUCUCUCAAUCCUCUAUUUAUUCAUUGUUUGCUCGAUCUGCUGAGACAGGUUUUGCAAUGCUUGAGUGCGCCUGUUAUGUAUUUAUCAAAGUGCAUUGCAUGUUUCAUGUUUAAAACACAUAUGUUUUCAUGUAGGGAUGUUACAGUACUAUUGUUAAAGCUGCCAUAUUUUAAACACAGCCUGUGAAAAGGAGAACUACUUCAAAUCUCUGUUGUAUGGUGGUUUAUUUUUUUAACCAUAUUACACUCACGAACAAGCACGACCUCCGGCAUCAAGCGUCAUCAAGCAGUGAACACACCAAAGUGUUUACUCGAGUUCUGUUUAUGGAUUUUUGAGGGAAUUUGUUCAUGUCUCGUCACACUGAAAUAACUGCAGAUUUGUUUUUUAUGUGAGCAACAUGUAAAAAAAAAACGUUAUAUCUAAUUGAAAAAUGAAAUAUUGGUUAAUUGCAUAGACUGAAUGGAAAAUCAUAUAGUAGUUUUGUGUUUUUUACUUGCUUGUCGAAAAACAGUUUCCAUUUCAGUCCCUGUGUGAUUUCAUUUCAAAUUAGGUAGGUGGUUAUUUAGUGUGUCAGGAAUCAUGAUGCUGCUCGGUGUGAUGCAUAUUUAGGUAAAUGGGCAUGUGUAUGAUGACAAAUUAUGUUUUUUAAUAAACUGAAUGUAUUCUGAUAUUUAAUAAAUAUGAAACUUGUAUUUUUCUGAG